AUGCAUGCUUGUCCGUCAGUCACUGCGAUAUCGGGAGAGAACGGGAGAGGCGCGUGUUAUCCACCCACCAGUUUAGCUGGAACCUCUUCCUCUCGCCCCAAGAAGGCGGUGCAUAAGGCGGUGCAAAAAACGGUACAUAAGGCGGUGCAUAAGGCGGUGCAUAAGGCGGUGCAUAAGGCGGUGCAAAAAACGGUACAUAAGGCGGUGCAUAAGGCGGUGCAUAAGGCGGUGCAUAAGGCGGUGCAUAAGGCGGUGCAUAAGGCGGUGCAUAAGGCGGUGCAUAAGGCGGUGCAUAAGGCGGUGCAUAAGGCGGUGCAUAAGGCGGUGCAUAAGGCGGUGCAUAAGGCGGUGCAUAAGGCGGUGCAUAAGGCGGUGCAAAAAACGGUACAUAAGGCGGUGCAUAAGGCGGUGCAUAAGGCGGUGCAUAAGGCGGUGCAUAAGGCGGUGCAUAAGGCGGCGGUGCAUAAGGCGGUGCAUAAGGCGGUGCAUAAGGCGGUGCAAAAAACGGUACAUAAGGCGGUGCAUAAGGCGGUGCAAAAAACGGUACAUAAGGCGGUGCAUAAGGCGGUGCAUAAGGCGGUGCAUAAGGCGGUGCAUAAGGCGGUGCAUAAGGCGGUGCAUAAGGCGGUGCAUAAGGCGGUGCAUAAGGCGGUGCAUAAGGCGGUACAUAAGGCGGUGCAUAAGGCGGUGCAUAAGGCGGUGCAUAAGGCGGUGCAUAAGGCGGUACAUAAGGCGGUGCAUAAGGCGGUGCGUAAGGCGGUGCAAAAAACGGUACAUAAGGCGGUGCAUAAGGCGGUGCAUAAGGCGGUGCAUAAGGCGGUACAUAAGGCGAUGCAUAAGGCGAUGCAUAAGGCGGUGCAUAAGGCGGUGCAUAAGGCGGUACAUAAGGCGGUGCAUAAGGCGGUGCAUAAGGCGAUGCAUAAGGCGAUGCAUAAGGCGAUGCAUAAGGCGAUGCAUAAGGCGGUGCAUAAGGCGGUGCAUAAGGCGGUACAUAAGGCGGUGCAUAAGGCGGUACAUAAGGCGGUGCAUAAGGCGGUGCAUAAGGCGAUGCAUAAGGCGAUGCAUAAGGCGGUGCAUAAGGCGGUGCAUAAGGCGGUACAUAAGGCGGUGCAUAAGGCGGUGCAUAAGGCGAUGCAUAAGGCGAUGCAUAAGGCGAUGCAUAAGGCGAUGCAUAAGGCGGUGGCUUGUAAACAACUUAGCUUAACUUGA